AUGCUACCUGUAACCACGAGUUUGGAAAACCCUAUGAAUGUUUCGGAAGAUUUGCCACGCGAAUUAGACCCCAUCGGAAAUCACCAUGACAAUGAUAUGAAUGCGGAUAGAACGCCUUUCUCCAAUGCAACACGCGGUAGAAAAUCUAAAUUUAUUUCCGAAAAGUUAGAUUUAACGGGACGUGAACCGAUUAUGGUGGUGAAUAAUCUACAAAAUACGACUACCGGUUACAGAGAAGAGGUGACCGUUGUUAAUAAAUCAGUGCAUGAACCUGUAAUGUAUUAUAGUAUUGGGAGAAAACAGUUUGCACGCAUGACAACAAAACAAUUACAAGAUUGUGCCAAACUGUUUGAAGCAAAAGUACGUAACAAUACGGGUUUGUAA